AUGACCCCCUCCCGUCGCCUUCACUUCCCCCUCUCGUCGCCUUCACUUCCCCUCCCGUCGCCUUCAUUUCCCCCUCCCGUCGCCUUCAUUUCCCCCUCUCGUCGCCUUCAAUUCCCCCUCCCGUCACCUUCACUUCUCCCCCUCGAUGCCUUCGAUUCCCCCUCCCAUCACCUUCCACGCCUGCCGCACUCGCUUUCCCCCCGUCACACUCGCUUCCCCCCUUCUCACUCGCUUCCCCCCUGCUCACUCUCUUCCCCCCUGCUCACUCGCUUCCCCCCUCCUCAAUCUCUUCCCCCCUGCUCACUCUCUUCCCACUCUCUUCCCCCCUACUCACUCUCUUCCCCCCUGCUCACUCGCUUCCCCCCUCCUCAAUCUCUUUCCCCUUGCUCACUCGCUUCCCCCCUCCUCAUUCUCUUUCCCUCUGCUCACUCCCCUUGUUCUAACCCCAGUUUCCCCAUUUCUCACCCAUUUUCCCCCUUCACGCUCUCUUACCCCCUCUGCUCGCCCCUGUUUUCCCGACUCACGCCUAUACUCACUCUCUCCCCCCCUGCUCACUCUCUUCCCCCCCUACUCACUCUCUUUCCCCUUGCUCACUCUCUUUCCCCCCUUCUCACUCUCUUUCCCCCUUCACGCUCUCUUUCCCUCCCUUCCGCCCGUUGCCCCCCUUCGUCUCGCGCUCGUCCCCUCGCAAUCCCCGUCUCUCUCUCCCCCCGUCGCCCUCGUUUUCUCCGUUGCCCUCCCUUCCACUCCUCCCCGCACAUACACCCUUCCCUUCUUCCCUGUUUCCUCGUAUCCCCUGCGCUGCUUCCCCCCAUCCUUCGACUUGCUCCCCCCAUCCCCUUCCCUGCUUCCCCCCAACCCCUUCCCUGCUCCCCCCCAUCCCCUUCCCUGCUUUCCCCCUUCCCCUUCCCUGCUUCCCCCCGUCCCCUUCCCUCCUUCCCCCGUCCCCCUCCCAGCAUCCCCCCAUCCGCUUCCCUGCUCACCCCCAUCCCCUUCCCUGCUCCCCCCCAUCCCCUUCCCUGCUUCCCCCUAUCUCCUUCCCUGCUUCCCCCUAUCGCCUUCCUUGCUCACCCCUGCUCCCUCUGUUUCACCCUUGCUCCCUCUGUUUCACCCUUGCUCCCUCCCCUUCUUCUCUGCUCACUCUCUUCCCCCUUGCUCACUCUCUUUACUUCUGCUCACUCUGUUCCCCCCUGCUUCCUCUCUUCCCCUCUGUUCAAUCUGUCCCCCGCUGCUUCUUCUCUUCCCCUCUGCUCAUUCCGUUUACUGUCUUUCCCCCUUCACUCACCCCCAUACCCCCCAAUGCAGUUAUAG